UUUUAUUGUAAAAGUUAACCCUUUUUAUAGAAAAGAUAGUGAAGACACUCAAAAAUGGAUUGAAAUAUUUUUAAGAGCAAAAAAAGCUAAUGGAUGGCCAGACAAUAGAAGAGUAGCAAUUGCAGCAGGAAUGUUAAGGGAAGAAGCAGCUAACUGGUAUAAUUUAGUAAGCACUACAAUUAAUAGAUGGGACAGAGAUGCAAACACAGGAUUUAGAGAAAGAUUCUUAAUAUGCUUCUCAUCGUAA